GACCCGAGGCCAGAAACCAGAGAAAAUAAAAGCCCCAGGAUCAGAGACUCCAAGCACCACACAUACGAGCAUAGGUCAACUGAUCAUUGCAAGGGCGCUGCCAAGAUGUUCCCGAAAUCGGAUGCAACCGUCGUUCGUUGACAAUCUGAUAACUAGGGAAAGUAAAAGUUCACUAACCUUCUAAACGAGAGGGAAGAGGGAAGCCCAAAGAGUUUUGACAACCGACUAUACUACCAAAUCAUGGCCACCUCCAUCUCGUCCUUCCCCGCACCAUCACUGGGACCCCAGCCCCUCGAUGAUGACUCAAUCCUCUCUCUUCGUGAGGCAUCACGAAAGCUGGUUCGGGAAUGGGGUUUCCUUCGACCAACACCCAUCCCCUUUCCGCUCUCACCGGCUGCCGUCCACUGCAUGAUCGAGGUGGGCGACUAUGGACGCCGUUCCUUUCCCGACCUCUGCACUGAGCUCAAGGUCCCACCAGCCCAGCUCUCCCAGACCCUAGCCGAGUUGAUCUCAGGCGGCAUUGUGAGGCGGGAACUGAAUCCAACCAGCCAGGCGGGGCAAGUUACCGCCGGAUAUGGAGAAACUUACACCCUCACGACGGCUGGCGUGAGCGCCCUCGCCGAGAUCAACGCCCAUGCCAAAGAACAGGUCACCAAAGCGCUUACUGCGGCGCCUCCCGGAGCAGGCGCAAAUAUCACGGCAGCUUUCCAAGCCUACGCAGUUGCGUUAGAACAAUCGAGGUCUAGCCACGCCGAUAUCAACCCGGCCAUCACACCAGCAACGACCCCGGAGCCGCCUAUGCCCCCAACGGUCUCCAUCGUGGCCGGCUACCGCCCGGGCAUCCUCGCCCGCACGCUCGAGAUGCACUUGGAUUUCUACUACCCGAGGGAGGGAUGGGGCCGUAAGUUUGAAUCUGUGCUAUCCACCGGCCUGGGGGAUUUGCUGGAUCGGCUGGAGAGGCCGAUGAACCAGGUGUGGUCGGCUGUCAUGACGACGCCGGGUCAGGAUCCAGGGACGCCUGCCCUGGAGCGCAUGGUUGGGGUGGUGUACAUAGACGGCGAGUCCUCUGGGGAAGAGGGGGUAGCGAGGGUGCGGGCCUUUAUCGUGGACGAGUCAACCAGGGGGUUGGGGGUGGGAAAGCAGCUUUUCGCGGCAGCCAUGCAGUUUGUCAGGGAGACUGGGUUUCGUGAGUGUCGGUUGGUGACGCAGCGUUGUCUAACUACUGCCAGGAGGUUGUAUGAGAGGGAGGGUUUUAAGGAGGCUGGUGAAGUCUGGUUCGAGGGGUUCGGGAACGGGACCAUGGAGUUGAGUUAUGUUUGGCGCCGAGAGGAUGAGCUCAAGUAGGAUGUCCAAUAUACUACCAUCAACAAUCUCUACCCCAAAUCGAUCUCCAAGCCAUUAGCACCAGACACAACAUAGCCCCCAGUCCAUUAUUUUCGAACCCUCCUUAACCACACCCCUAUCCCCACAGCCCAACGCCAGUAAAUCACUCCCACACCCUCACCACCUCAGCGACCUCACCCUCAAAAAACAACCCCCCCAACAAC